GAUAAGCAGAUCCUUUUGGUAGGUGGGUUACUUUAUGGAAUUACCUGUCAUCGCAAUGCUCAGUCACAGUUUAAUAUGAUGACAUCGGAGGGAGAAGAUAAGGCUUAUAUCGCAAAAGAAUCCGAAACAAAAUUAGUUGUGGAAUUUAUCAUAGAAAAAUCAAGCUCCCACAAACUUACCCUGGGAUACGUUUUCGUUCUGAUUUUUGUACCCUCCGAUUUCACUGCGCCAAUAUUCGCUCGUUUGAUGAAUUUUGACGCGGAAAGUAAUGUAUAUUCGAAAAAAGUCAUUAGUGAUCAGCUUUCAGAAAUAAGGUUAUUCCAGCUGAUCAUGAAGAAUCUUCACAGUUUUUGUCAUCACUUUAUGAGAAAUAUUCACAUAUCAAUGAUAGCUAUCGACAACGAACGAAGAGAAUUUGUAGCGUCUGAAUCCUUAGAAUCGGCAA